AUGAAACCAAGACCUAAAAAACCAAAUAAGGGAAAUUCUGAAAAGGUGACGCGUAAGCACUAUUCGGAAGAAAAUAUGCAAAAGGCAUUGAAGGAAGUAGGAAAGGGUAUGAGCAAAAAAUUAGCUGCGAAGACCUUUCAAGUGCCUAGAGCCACCCUGCAGUUUAGGCUUAAACAUCCAGGUCAUAAACUUAAACCAGGUCCUCCUACUGUAUUAACACCUGAAGAGGAGUUGAUUUUCGUAAAUUGGAUCAAAGUCAGCAGUAGGAAAGGUUUCCCUAAAAGGAAAGAAGACCUAAUUAAGAGCGUUAAGGAUUUUCUGAUAAAAUCCAAGAGAAAGACUUCUUUUAAAAACGGUGAGAAGUGGUUUACAUUAUUUUUAGUGCGCCACCCAUCACUUGUUUUCCGAACGCCUGAAGCUGUAACAGCUGCCAGUUCAACUGUAUCUGAAGCUGACGUCAGAGGCUGGUUUCAACAAAUAAAAGAUUACUUUGUCGAAAGUAAUUUAUUUGACAUACUAUCUGACCCUAGUAGAGUGUUCAAUGGCGAUGAAACCAAUUUUGUACUUUGUCCUAAGACUGGCCUUGUUUUAAGCUCAAAGGGAGACCGAAAUGUGUAUGAAGUGGAUCAUGCUCAGAGUAAAACAUCACUAACAGUUAUGUUUACAUUUUGUGCCGAUGGCAACCUUACGCCGCCAAUGGUAAUUUUCCCAUAUAAACGAUUACCAGGUGAAAUAACGUCACAGAUUCCAGAAGACUGGGGAGUAGGAUUAAGUGACAACGGUUGGAUGAAUUCAGAUAUUUUUUACGAGUACAUCAAAAAUAUUUUGCAUCCUCAUCUAGUGAAAACAAAGAAAAAGUUUCCCAUAAUACUUUUUGUAGACGGCCAUAAAUCUCAUCUAACCUUAGCUGUAAGUGAGCUUUGUACUAGUUUACAGAUAGUUCUAGUAGCAUUAUAUCCGAAUUGUACCAGGCUUCUUCAACCUGCGGACGUUGCAGCAUUUAAACCACUUAAAACGGAGUGGCAAAAAACUGUUUUAGAAUGGCGCAGAACGAAUCCAUCUCAAGCAUUAACCAAAAUACAAUUUGUGCCCCUUUUGAAACAUACCUUAGAUAAAAGUUUAAAACCUCAAACUAUUGUCAACGGUUUUAGAGCAACUGGAUUGUGCCCAUGGAAUGAAGAUGCAGUGGACUAUAGCAAGUGCCUUGGAGUUAAAAAAAAUAGUCAAAAUGUAUCUAAUCCUAAUAAACAAAAGCCAAGCCGUGUACUCACUUACGAUGACUUUGUUAACAUAGUCGGCAAACAGAAAAUUAAUAAUAUUAUAACAGGAAAUUUAACACCAGAAGAAGCUAUUGAACCCAUUACAAACAUCUGGUAUUUCUUCAGUCAGAACAUAGAUGAUAUGCCAAAGUUAAAUUCAUAA